AUGAAGCAGAAGGCAUUGAGCUGGUCUGUGCAGUUUUUAUCUACUGCGGGUAAAGCGACAAUGCUACAAGCAGUCCUCUCAGCUAUACCGACAUUCCCAAUGACCUGUUUUCUGCUCCCGGUGAGUCUGUGUAAAUGCAUCCAAUCUGUGCUCACUCCCUUCUGGUGGGAUAGUAAAGAGGGUGAAAGGAAAAUAUGUUGGGUCUCCUGGGACCAAUUGACACAACCAAAGAGCUUAGGGAGACUUGGUUUCAGAGAUAUACAUGCUUUUAAUCAAGCACUGUUAGCUAAGAUAGCGUGGAGAAUCAUCACUAACCCGUCAUGCCUCCUCGCUAGGGUACUGCCAGGAAAAUACUGCACCAAAACGUCCUUCCUCAUGGUCCAAGCCCCAUCUUCAAUGUCACAUGGCUGGAGGGGUAUACUUCAUGGAACAGAUCUCCUUAUUACUCAUCUCGGGAAGGCGAUAGGAAACGGUGAAACUACCUCCCUGUGGUCUGACUCUUGGAUCUGUCCUGAGAGAAACAUCAAGCCUUUUGGUCCAAUCACAGAAAAAGAGCAGGACCUAAUGGUGUAA